UUUAUGGCUAGAAGAGGACGCUGUAAGACUAUUUAUAGUGAUAAUGGCACUAACUUUGUUGGAGCUCAAAGAGAGUUGAGUUCUUAUGUCCAGAGUGUUGGCAGCUUAAUGGCUCAGGAAGGAAUCGAAUGGCGCUUUAAUCCCCCAUCCGCGCUACAUUUCGGUGGUUUAUGGGAAAGCGCUGUAAAGAGUGCUAAACAUCAUCUGACGAGAAUGAUGGGAGAGGCAAAGCUAACCUUGAGCGAAUUAAGUACAUUACUGUGUCAAAUUGAGGCAUGUCUAAAUUCCCGUCCUAUAACCCCGAUGAGCAGUGAUCCAUCUGAUGCUGAAGCAUUAACCCCCGCUCAUUUUUUAAUUGGCAGAGCAAUGUCUCUUCCGCCGGAGCCAUGCUUAAUCAACGAGAGCCCUAGCCAGGUACGGAGGUGGAAAUAUGUACAGCUGCUAAUGCAAACAUUUUGGAGGAGGUGGCAAUCAGAGUAUUUGCCUCAAUUUCAGGUACGAGGAAAAUGGUUCUCAAGAACAUCACCCAUACAAGUCGGAAAUGUAGUAAUAAUAAAGGAUGAAGCUGCGCCACCGAUGCGAUGGAAGUUGGGAGUCGUAGUUGACUUGCAUCCGGAAAGGACGGCGAAAUUAGAGUGGUCACUCUUAGGACUGCAGCGGGAGUUCAGAUGAAAAGACCCGUCGUAAAAUUGUGUGUCCUGCCAACGGAAACCGACAGCAUGGUGGUUGAAAACAGGAAUUUUCAACGGGGGGAGAAUGUUUACGCUAUGUCCUACGUGAACGCGGCGAACGCGGUAAACGCGUUGCGGUGCGAGCGACGCGGCGAAAAAAAUUAUCAAAUAUAUAAAAAUAGAUUAGAUUGUCCAUCGUACGCGAUAAACACGGGCGACGCGAACGAAUUCAUUCGUUCGCGUUCGCCGCAAGGUUUGAAAAUCAAAUCGUUUUGUUUUUGGUCGCGCGUUGAAGCGACUAGACGUAUAUCAAAGCGGAUGUUUUAACUUUGUUUUAACUUUUUAACCAUGGUCAAUAUGGAGCUCCUUAUAUCCGAGGUACAAAAAAGAAAUGUUCUCUGGAAUAAGUUUAAUAAAAAGUAUAGGGACAGAUUGAUGUCUGAGAAAGAAUGGGAAGCUGUUGCCAGAACAGUACAU